AUGGAUGCUACUAAGGAGACUCAACUCACGGAGCAGAAUAUUCUCAUUGGAGUGCAACAGUGCCGCAUCCAGAACUUGGAGGCUGAUUCUGUUAAGCUUCAGGCCUUGAUUGAGCAGCUGACCAGGGAGGUGCAGUCGAUCCCUAAGGAGAACGACACCUCCAGCUUCAUUCAGGACCUGCAGACUACUCUCCAGUUCGUGCAGGAUCAGCUCAAGAAGCAAGAGAAACACAUCGCUGUGCUUCAGGCCCAGUACAGGGAGAUCCGGCGUGGAAACCUCUACCAGCCUGCUCCUGCAGCAAAGCGAGUUGCCUACGCCGCUAACAGCCGGGCUGCACCUGCCGAUGCUCCUUCUGCUGUUCCCCCUCCCACUGGAACACGUGUUGAGCCUCCUACUGCAGCAGCAACUGCUUUUGGCUCCUGCCCUUCGGCCCUGCCUCGUUUUGUCCAUGGCAAAACUGACGUUGAGACUUGGCUCUCCAUUGCGGAUGACUUUAUGUCCAUCCACAAUGUGCGUAGCGAGGCUCGCGUGGUCGCUGCGACCCUUGCCCUGGACGACACUGCGAGCAAGUUGGUGUAUGCCAACAAGCGCCACGCAGAGGCUAAUGGCCAUCCUUUUGGCUGGGAGGAGUUCAAAGCUGCCAUGCUGGCGGCAUUCCUGAGUCAGCCCCCGGCGCUCGAGGUGCGUAGCCGCCUGGAGAACAUCCAGUGCGGUGACCAGCCUGUACGCGAGUACGCCAAGGAGUUUGAGAAAACUCUGUCGCUGCUGAAGACUGCUCUUCCUGAGAGCGAGGUCAUCCACCAGUUCUUCAAGGGACUCCCUGAGCACAUCAAGCGUGUGCAUGUUGUGCGUGGGGAGCACCAGUGGAGGACCUACAAGGAGUGCAAGGAGCAGGUCAUUGACACGGAUGUGAAUUUCCGUGCGUACAUGACUCACGCUCGUGCUCAGCAGCAGCCUAGUGCCGAAGGCCCUAGGGGGGGUGGUAACAGGACUCAGGCACACAGGGGCAGUGGCUCUUAG